GAUUCCCCCUCGCACCAGCCUGGACUGAUGGAUUACCACCUGCUCGGACUAAUUCUGUCUUUUCUCUUCAAUGGCACAAAGGUCUUAGCCGGUUACCCAAUUUGGUGGUCCCUUGCUCUAGGUCAGCAGUACAGCUCCCUGGGGUCUCAGCCCAUCCUCUGCGGCUCCAUCCCCGGCCUUGUCCCCAAGCAGCUCCGCUUCUGCCGCAACUACAUCGAGAUCAUGCCCAGCGUGGCUGAGGGGGUGAAGUUGGGCAUCCAGGAGUGCCAACACCAGUUCCGGGGCCGUCGCUGGAACUGCACCACCAUCGAUGACAGCCUGGCCAUCUUUGGGCCGGUCCUGGACAAAGCCACGCGAGAGUCCGCCUUUGUCCAUGCCAUCGCGUCCGCAGGGGUGGCCUUCGCUGUAACCCGCUCCUGUGCCGAGGGCACGUCCACGAUCUGUGGCUGCGACUCCCACCACAAAGGACCUCCAGGAGACGGCUGGAAAUGGGGGGGAUGCAGCGAGGAUGCCGACUUUGGCGUGCUGGUGUCCCGGGAGUUUGCAGAUGCCCGAGAGAACCGGCCGGACGCCCGCUCAGCUAUGAACAGACACAACAACGAGGCCGGCAGGACAACCAUCCUGGACCACAUGCACCUGAAGUGUAAGUGCCACGGUCUCUCAGGAAGCUGCGAGGUCAAGACCUGCUGGUGGGCACAGCCGGAUUUCCGGGCGAUCGGUGACUACCUGAAGGAUAAAUACGACAGCGCCUCCGAGAUGGUGGUUGAAAAGCACCGGGAAUCUCGGGGAUGGGUAGAAACUCUUCGGGCCAAGUACGCUCUUUUCAAGCCACCAACAGAGCGAGAUCUGGUCUACUACGAGAACUCCCCCAACUUUUGCGAGCCCAACCCAGAGACGGGGUCCUUUGGAACGAGGGACAGAACGUGCAACGUCACCUCCCACGGGAUCGACGGCUGUGACCUGCUGUGCUGCGGUCGUGGCCACAACACCAGGACUGAGAAAAGGAAGGAGAAGUGUCACUGCAUCUUCCACUGGUGCUGCUACGUGAGCUGCCAGGAGUGCAUACGCGUCUACGAUGUCCACACCUGCAAGUAAGCAUGGGUAGAUCUCCAACCGAUGGGAGGUUGCAAGGCUGAGGGGUCUAUCAACCCCGUGAUCAGCCCCCACGUGGUGGACUCACACUCUAGAGGAUGGCAGCAAGAAACUCUAACACCCUUGGUCAGGGCAGACCCCUCACCCAGACGGCACCAGCGCUGCGGAGGAGGCUCU